AUGCGAGCUCAGGUCAGUCUGAGCCACGAGGGAGGAAAUGAGACACUAACAGCAGAUUUUAUUCUCUCAGGGCUCUUCCCCAAUAUGAAGUACGUCAGCAUCCUUAUCUACACCACCAUCCUGAUCUACCUUGCUGCAGUCGCUGGGAACUUGAUUCUGCUCCUCCUGAUAUGGGUGGACCCGAGGCUGCACACCCCCAUGUACUUUCUGCUCAGCCAGCUUUCUCUCGUAGACCUGGCCCUCAUCAGCAGCACUGUUCCAAAGAUGGUGAUGAACUUUUUCUCUGGAAGGAAGAACAUCACACGUCUGGCCUGCGGAACACAGAUAUUUUUCUUCUUCACUUUUGGGGGUGCUGAAUGCAUCCUCUUGACCCUCAUGGCCUAUGACCGAUACGUGGCUGUCUGUAACCCCUUGAGGUAUGCAGUCAUCAUGAACCACAGGGUCUGUCUGCAAAUGGCCAUAUUGUCUUGGAUUGCAGGCAUUUUAGCUUCCACAGCCCACACAUCCUAUACCAUGAAUCUGCCUAUCUGUCGCUCCAGAGAAAUCCACCAUUUCUUCUGUGAGAUGCCAGCAAUCAUGAAGAUCUCAUGCAAAGACACUUCCACCUAUGAGCUGGUGGUCUUUGUGAUGGGCGUUGCAUUUAUCAUCAUCCCUUUUGGACUUAUCAUGGCUUCCUACACCUUCAUCUUCCUCACUGUCGUUUGUAUGAAACCCCUCCAAGGCCGGAACAAAGCUUUGGCCACCUGCUCCUCCCAUCUUACAGUGGUAAGUUUUUAUCUAGGACCAUGUGUUUAUAUGUACAUGAUGCCUGGUUCCUCCCACAGCCCUGAGCAAGAGCAGGCUGUGUCUGUAUUUUGCACUGUCCUCACACCCAUGUUAAAUCCACUCAUCUACAGCCUGAGAAACAAGGAUGUGGUGGGCGCUUUUCAGAAAGUCCUGAGGAAACGUCCAGUAUCUAAACAGAACACAAAAAUAUCACAGUAG